CAACGGCAUUCAGCGCUUCUUCCGGCGACGGCGAGAUAAAGGGAUCCGACGGCCGAUCGCUGGCGACGCUGAAAGAGAGGGUGAAUUGAAGGCUUCUUCUGAUCAUUCAAUAUAUAUAGUUAGUUAGAAAGUCGACCGCCAAAAGUACUCGUUCGUCUUGCAGCUAAGAUCAUCAACUCUUACUAUACUUGUUCUGUUUGUAUAUAUACAGAUUUAGAUUCAAAAUUCAGUUAAAUGGGUGUUAAAACAUUGAGAUUAAGAUGGAGAUGGAGAUGGAGAUCAGGAUUAGCAGCAUCUCUCUUCACUGUUUUCAUUCUCGUUUACGGUACAGCUAUUCUGGACUAUAGAUCAGGACUUUCAACAAUGGUGCUUCUUGCAACAACGUCUUCUCAAAAUGGUGCUAAUUUGAUCAAAGAGUUCUUCAGGAGAUCAGUAGUGGUAUUGAAUCAAGAUGAUGAAAGUUUUUGCUUAAGUAAACAUGAAUCCCUCUUAUAUCGACGAAACAAACCACAGCAUAAACCACCCUCUGCUUAUCUUCUCUCCAGAUUGCAAAAGUACCAAUCUUUACAUAGAAACUGUGGUCCUAAAACCCAUAACUAUAACCAAGCCUUGAACCUGCUCUUUAAUCCAAACCCAAACAUUACUAACCAUGACUGUAAAUACCUCAUUUGGCUUCCUAUCAAUGGCUUAGCUAAUCGAUUAUUAAGUAUAGUCUCAUCUUUUCUCUACGCAAUUCUCACAGACAGAAUCUUACUUAUUCAUCAGCCAUCUAACAUGAACAGUCUCUUCUGCGAGCCCUUUGAGAAUACAACAUGGCUACUCCCCUCAGAUUUCCCAUUCAAGAACCAGUUUCAACACUUUUGCCAGGCUCACCCCAGUUCUUAUGGAAACAUCAUCUUCAAGAACAGGACCAUGAUUAACUAUCCAAUACCAGCUUUAACUUAUCUCCAUUUGACCUUCGACUAUAAUUAUAACGACAUGCUCUUCUUCUGCGACGAAUAUCAAAUCCCGCUCCAGAAAGUUCCAUGGCUAGUAUUGAGAUCAGACCAGUACUUUGUCCCGUCGCUGUUCUUGAUGCCCAAAUUUGAACUAGAGCUACGAAACCUGUUUCCCGAAAAGGAAACUGUUUUCCACCACUUGGGACGAUUCCUUUUCAACCCUUCUAACGUUGUUUGGGGAAUCGUUAAGAAAUACUACUGGACAAACCUAGCCUCUGCUGAUGAGAGAAUUGGAUUCCAAAUACGCGACUUUAAGACAACCCCAAUGGGCUUCAAUUGGAUUAAGGAUCGUAUAUUCAACCGUUAUCUCCCAUUUGCAAACGAUGAAUCGAACCGUCGGCAGAUCACCGACAUCUGCAACGUGACAACCUCAGACAAACACAUGAUGGAUCGAAUCGUGUCGUGUUUGCCCAAAGUAGUCAUUUUCGAUCAAAAUCCGAAACAGAUCGCUGUCUUGCUGACAUCUUUGAGUUCGCGAUACUACAACAACAUAAGCGAAUUGUACCAUUUGAAAGAUUCGAUCAAGAUAUACCAACCUAGCCAUGAAGAGAACGAACAUAACGAGAAGUUGACGCAUAAUAUGAAGGCGUGGGCUGAGAUAUAUUUGCUUAGUAUGAUGGAUGUGUUGGUCACUAGCCCAUUCUCGACAUUCGGUUACGUGGCUCAGGGCCUAGGAGGAUUAAGAUCGUGGAUCAUAAACUGUCCCCAUAGGGAGAUCGAACCCUCUGAGGAUUCAUGCUUUCGAACCAUGUCUAUUGAGCCUUGUUUCCAUUUGCCUCCAUAUUUUGAUUGCGGGACAAAGCGUGGAACUGACUACGGUUCCAAAGUAGGCUAUGUACGACACUGCGAGGACUUGAAAUGGGGGCUUAAGCUGGUUGAACACCAAGAUCCUCCACUCUAGCUUGGAACCAUUAUUAGUGUGAUUUUUAUAGAGAAUUGUGUUGAUUAAUUUUACAAAUCCCACAUUCUUCCAAAGUAGUGGGGUCAAAGAUUGUGUCGUGGAAAAUUUUGUAUCUUUGUCAUUUUCACGACCAUUAGAUUCAGAAACAUUAGAGUUUUGAUGACCUGACUACAAAGAAAAACUGAUUUAUUUAGGACAUUAUAUGGUCUUAGCAAUUAGUUAGAGUUUCUUGAAGUUCUUCUCUAAUUUCAAUUGUAACAUACUUUUUUGACACAUAGUGAAAGUUUUAUCUUCUGAUCA